AUGGCAUGGCAUGGUAAAUUCACUCCACCAAAAUUAAAGUCAUGGCAUUCAGAUACACCGCCGCCUCAAAGGCAGCAGCCAUCGAUGUCGCCAUUGCCACCGCCACAGCCCGGCCUAGGUGUCUCUGCUGAAUCAAGUGUUGGAGCAAAUUUCGGGUUUGGAACGAGCAAUGACUACCUUCAUAACCACGGAGCUGCGCACCCAAGUGGAUGUCGCCUUCAAGGAUUUGGCUGUGCCGCACAUAAUAAUUUUUGCCCUCCAAGCAAUGUUCACGAGGGAAUUCAGAGAGCUAUGGAGAAGAAGAUGAUUAGGGAGGAGAUCAUUGCUGCAGAGACUGCCCGGAGAAGAAUAUUAGUUAGAAGCCGAAGUGAGGGCAGAAAUCAAAUUGGAGAGAGAAUUGGCUAUGAGAGCUAG